UAGCUCGGCGAGGGGACACACUGACUGUUAUAAUAAUAACACUACACCAGCAACUCCUGGCUUCCCAGCCGGAACACAGGAGAGAGUCAGUGGCAAAUAGCCAUUUUUCUUCUUAAAAAAAAGCAACUUGUUUGCUAGUUUUGUUUCUGUUAGAUUUUUUUUUGAGGUGGAUAGUUGCUUUUAAGUGUGGAGGGCAAAAGGAGAUACCUACCUAGGCUCAGUCCAAUCCCUCUCCAAAACGGCUUCUCUGACACUCCAGGUAGCGAGGGAGUUGGGUCUCCAGGUUGUGCGAGGAGCAAAUGAUGACCGCCAAGGCCGUAGACAAAAUCCCAGUAACUCUCAGUGGUUUUGUGCACCAGCUGUCUGACAACAUCUACCCGGUGGAGGACCUCGCCGCGACGUCGGUGACCAUCUUCCCCAAUGCCGAACUGGGAGGCCCCUUUGACCAGAUGAACGGAGUGGCCGGAGAUGGCAUGAUCAACAUUGACAUGACUGGAGAGAAGAGGUCCUUGGAUCUCCCGUAUCCCAGCAGCUUUGCUCCCGUCUCUGCACCCCGAAACCAGACCUUCACGUACAUGGGCAAGUUCUCCAUCGACCCCCAGUACCCCGGUGCUAGCUGCUACCCAGAAGGCAUCAUCAACAUUGUGAGUGCAGGCAUCCUGCAAGGGGUCACCUCCCCAGCUUCCACCACAGCCUCAUCCAGCGUCACCUCUGCCUCCCCCAACCCACUGGCCACUGGACCCUUGGGUGUGUGCACCAUGUCCCAGACCCAGCCUGACCUGGACCACCUCUACUCUCCACCGCCGCCUCCUCCUUAUUCGGGCUGUGCAGGAGACCUCUACCAGGACCCCUCGGCGUUCCUGUCGGCAGCCACCACCUCCACCUCCUCCUCUCUGGCCUACCCACCACCUCCUUCCUACCCGUCCCCCAAGCCAGCCACGGACCCGGGUCUCUUCCCCAUGAUCCCAGACUAUCCUGGAUUUUUCCCAUCACAGUGCCAGAGAGACCUACAUGGUGCAGCUGGCCCAGACCGCAAGCCCUUUCCCUGCCCCCUGGACUCCCUGCGAGUCCCCCCUCCACUCACUCCGCUUUCCACCAUCCGCAACUUUACCCUGGGAGGGCCCAGUGCUGGGGCCACAGGGCCAGGGGCCAGUGGAGGCAGCGAGGGACCCCGGCUACCUGGCAGCGGCUCCGCAGCUGCCGCUGCUGCCGCCUAUAACCCACACCAUCUGCCGCUGCGGCCUAUUUUGAGGCCUCGAAAGUACCCCAACAGGCCUAGCAAGACCCCAGUGCAUGAGAGGCCCUACCCGUGCCCGGCAGAAGGCUGUGACCGGCGCUUCUCCCGCUCCGACGAGCUAACGCGGCACAUCCGAAUCCACACGGGGCACAAGCCCUUCCAGUGUCGGAUCUGCAUGCGCAACUUCAGCCGCAGCGACCACCUCACUACCCACAUCCGCACCCACACUGGCGAGAAGCCCUUUGCCUGUGAUUACUGUGGCCGCAAGUUUGCCCGGAGUGAUGAGAGGAAGCGCCACACCAAGAUCCACCUGAGGCAGAAGGAACGCAAGAGCAGUGCCCCCUCCUCGACGGUGCCGGCCGCCUCCGGCACCUCCUGCACUGGGGGCGCGCAGGCUGGGGGGACCCUGUGCGGCAGCAACAGCAGCACUAUUGGUGGAGGGUCACUCGGCCCUUGCUCAUCUCGGACCCGGACACCUUGAGAUGAGACUCAGGUUGACACACCAGCUCCUUGAGGCCCUUCAUCCACUGGAGCUACACGACAAACACUACCACCCAUUCCUGCCCUUCCCUCAUUUCGUUGGGCAAAGGGCCUUAGGAGCCUAGCACUGCCCCCACCCCUUUCCACUUAGAAGCAGGUCCUUCCUAAAAGUUAGCCCACCUUAGUCUCUCUUAGGUGAGUUGACUGUCACCCCAAGGUAAUGGGGAGGCUCAGAAGGGGGUUGGGUGGGGGUCCCUGGCCUAGAGGGCUGAGGCAUGACCCUACUUUAAAGGGUUGUUUGACUAGGUUUUGUUUCCCCUCUCUUAUUUUGACUGGUUACAGGUUUUUGACUCUGGAUGUCAGAAUUGAUCUGAGACUUUUUCUACAGUAGGUUGGGAGAUGCUCAUCCCUUCAGGUGGGGAGAGCAAAAAAGGCAGAAGCAAAACUGAUGUGCACUUUAUGGCUUGGGACUGAUUUGGGGGAUGCUGUACAGUGGGUGAAGCAUGGCCUUUAUAAAGCUGCAUUCUGUGGCCCUAGAACAGUGAAUCAAAGCUUAUCUAGUCAUCUCAACCCUUUAAGCAAUAUGUAUUAUAAACUCAGAGAACAGAAGUGCAAUGUGAUGGGAGGGACAUAGCAAUAUCUGCUCCUUUUUGAGUGGUUGAGAAAUGUAAAGACUAUUUUUUCAGUGUAUAUCCAUUCAGAUUUUGUGUAUUUUUGAUGUGCACUGUUCUCCAAGUUCUGAACCUUUGGGAAAAAAAAGUAAAGCAUUUAUGAUCUCAAAAUGAGUCAAAGGUUAACUUAUUUAAAGGGGGAUGUACAUAUAUUCUCUGAAACUAGGAUGCAUGCAAUUGUGUUGAAAGUGUCCUUGGUGCCUUGUGUGAUGUAGACAAUGUUACAGGGUCUGCAUGUAAAUGGGUUGCCUUACUAUAGAAAAAAAAACCAUCACUCCCUGGGUUUAGUAUGGCUGUAUAUUUCUGCCUAUUAAUAUUUGGAAUUUUUUUUAGAAAGUAUAUUUUUGUAUGCUCUGUUUUGUGACUUAAAAGUGUUACCUUUGUAGUCAAAUUGCAGGAAUGUAAAUAAUGUUACUGGAGCUGACUUGUUUGGUUAUUAGCUCUUAAUAGUUGUGGAAAUAUAAAUGAUUUAUUCUAACACAAAACCACUAACUAAA